UGUGGUAGUCAUGGUACGAUAAGACUUGGAUUAAAAGCAUUAAAAGACUUACAGAGCAAGACUCCAGAUGAAAUUGUCCUCGAUAUGACAUCAAGUCGGUGCUUCCCGGCUUCUGAAUUUUUAUUAAAAGAGCAGACUCCUAUGACAGAUGACGUUAUUGUCUUGAUUGUGAACAUUCUUAGCACAGCGUGCCAUUGCAGCUCGAAGGAGUACCUUAUUAAGCUGCUUAACCUGCUGCCAGGAUCGUUGUUUCUCAACUUUCACUUGAGACAGCAUCUCAACAGGCUGUCCACAAGCAGGAUGCCAUCCUCUGAAGUGGCUGAGUAUUUAAAAAAUGUGACAAAAGUAAUGAAUGAACUGCUACGAAGAUUCCCAAAUGUAUACGCCGAUUUACCAAUAGCCGAUCUGUAUUGUGGAGCAAUGGUAAUGUCCGAAACAGGGAAGUUGGAGGACGCCAACCUGAUGAAGGAAGCGGGUGAACUAAUGAAAUUAAAAACAGAGAAGGCUUCCGAACUGAAAAGAAAAGAAGACGAGAGGAGACCAGGCAGAGGAAGAUUACAACGAAAUGCCGGUGAGAAUGAUGAAUUAAACCCCCCCAAUGAUUUCCGAGAUCUCAGUGUUAUUCCGACUCAGGAAGACAUUUUGACCGGAGAAAGACCCUUCCUCAGAAGGAACAAAGUUGACGGGAGCUAUCAUAAUGCAGAACAUUAUUUAGACGUGCAGUUUCGGCUCCUCCGCGAAGAUUUCGUGAGGCCCCUUCGUGAAGGGAUUGCCAAGUUAUUAGAACGUAUUGGCUCCGCUAAGAUUGGUGCACUACAGGACAUACGGGUGUAUAAAGACGUCCGGUUGCUGUACCCCUUGUGUACGUCCAACGGACUCCAGUACAAAGUAAAGUUUGACAACAUGAAUUUGAGGAAUGUACGUUGGGAAAACAGCAAGCGGCUUAUCUUUGGCUCACUGAUGUGUCUUUCUAAAGAUAAGUUUGGCAGUUUUGUGUUUGCAACUGUGGCCAAUCGCGAUGUCAAAGAUUUAAAACAGGGGUUAGUGGACAUUCAAUUCAUCAAACUAUCUGAUAAUGUGAGAAUUGAAGGGGGUGAAGUGUAUCAAAUGGUAGAGAGCACCGUUUACUUUGAAGCGUAUCGUCACAUCCUUGAGGGGUUGAAAGAAGUUGAGCCACACAAACUUCCCUUACAGAGAUACAUCGUUAGUUGUCAGAAACAUGUUGAAGCACCGGCUUACCUGAGGAACAGGUUGAGAGGACGAGUGACAUUUGAUCUGACGCCGAUUAUGAGGAAAGGAAACACGAGUAGCAGCAAUGGAAGCACGAGCUCAUUAAGAGAGCUGAGGACACGACUUGCGGGCUUGAGCGUCAGGGAUGACGUGCGUAGGGGAACUAACGUUCCACUUCUGCACCUUGCUUCCUGGCCAUCCGCGGAAGAUCUUGAACUAGAUGAUUCUCAGUACAGGGCUUUACAGAUGGCGCUGACCAAAGAAUUCGCGGUUAUUCAAGGACCACCGGGAACUGGAAAGACAUACAUUGGGCUGAAGAUCGCUAAUGUUUUGUUACACAACAAAUUGAAGUGGGACACUGGUACUGAAUUUCUUGAUGACGAACGUGAAGUUGCCCCGCUGGUGUCUGAACGUCGCCCAAUUCUUAUUGUCUGUUACACGAACCAUGCCCUUGACCAGUUUCUAGAAGGUAUCCACAAGUUUCAUUCCGAGGGGAUUGUGCGGAUUGGAAAUCGAAGUCAGAGUGAGAUUAUGAAGGCGUGCAGUCUGUCUGAAUUGAAACACCGCAAUCACAAGGAUAAGAAAGUUCCCUUGCACAUCAGAAGGGCUUACUAUGAUGCUCAUCAAGAAAUGGAUCACACCACGACAAAGCUGCAAGGGGCCGCUGAAGAUCUGAAGAAAUGCUAUGAAAACGUGCUCCACGAAGACGCCCUGCAUCGACGCGUCCCCAGCAUGACCCUUGCUCAUUACGAUUCUUUGAGGCAAGUUUUUGCUGGUAGAAGCGGACAAAAGGAAAGCGCCAUGUUGUACUGGCUACAGCUUUCUAUUAACACGUCAGAUCCUGGACAAGGAGCAGCACAGCCCGUUGCUGUGCUCCCGCUCAACAAGCGAAGCGCUGGACUGGAACUAGUUUCUCGAGCUAAUUUAGCCAUCCUUUCUAACAUCACGUGGUCCCCAGAUGAGACUGGUUCCUUGCAACUCUCAGGAGCACCUAACUCAUUUGUUAUGAUUCCAAACCAUCCCGGAAGUGACCUAGACACCAGAACAUCAAUCACGCUACUGUUACACGUGUUCCCAACCGCAAAUAGAGGAUCAAUCUUGAGCUUUCACGAGCAUGGCCUUGGACUGCAAAUUUGUCAAGAAGGCGUAAUGGAUGGGAGAGGAAUCCUAACGGCACGGUUUGUGCGGAGAGAUAUAACUCAUCCACCCCCUCUUGCGAAAGCUGUGUUGAAUAUGAAUUCAUGGAACUUCAUUGGAGCAUCUUAUGAUUAUGAGACCGGCAUCGCACACUUAUGGCAUGAUGGGAAUGAAGUGGAAGCUAAGUAUCUUGGCAGGAAACAGGAACUUGCAACUCAGUAUUCUAUCAGGAUUGGAGCCUUAGAAAACUCUGGACAUGCACGAUGCUUUAGAGGAAGAGUCGCAGAUGUUCGCAUAUUUGCAGAAUCCCUCGGAAAGGAAAGUAUUAUGGCUAUUGGUGGAAUUGUCGCACAAGUGGGAGCAGGAGCAGGAGCAGAAGCAGAGGAAGAAGAGGAGGAAGAAGAGGAAAAUGAUAACCCAGAUGUGUUGUAUGAAGCAGAUGUCAUGCAAGAGCAGAGGGUCUUAGACACUGAUGACGUCAGAGUGUACGGUUCUAAAGUGAUGCCGGGAAGUGGAAGUUUGAAAGUUGUGGACCCUUUUGCUUUCGGCAAAGGAGCUGAAGGUGGAUGGCAAAUUCAGAAACCUGACAAACUUAAAAAGAAAUUAAAGAGGACUAUGUUAAUCGAACUGAGCAAGAAAGAUGUCUUGCAACCUGACAGAGCGAGAGCGGUUCGAAAUGUCUGGAGUUUGAGCCUCAAAGAUCGCUGGCGCCUGUAUCGCCGAUGGCUGAUGGAUCUGGCGGAGGAGUACAUUCGAACUAUCUCGAUGUUUCAAGAGAAAUUUGAGGAAGGAGCCAAGCGACUGAAGGAUGUAAGAAAUAUGGAAGAUUUUGAGAUACUCAAGAACGCUGAUGUCGUGGGCAUGACAACUACAGGUGCUGCAAAGUUUCGCAAACUUUUGCAAAGAUUGCGUCCACGCAUAACGAUUGUGGAGGAAGCCGCUGAAGUACUGGAGUCACACAUUGUUACAUCACUAACUCCCGGAUGCCAACACUUGAUUCUGAUUGGUGAUCAUCAGCAGCUCCGACCCAAUCCUACAGUUUACGAACUCGCCAAGGAUUACAAUUUGGAAGUGUCACUCUUUGAGAGAAUGGUGAGGAAUGGAAUGCCCUAUGAACGGUUGCGAUUACAACAUCGGAUGAGACCUGAGAUUUCUAAAAUGCUGGAGCAUAUUUACUACAAUCCAAAACUGGAGAAUCACGAAUCCGUGAUGAAUUUUGAGAACAUCAAGGGAGUGGCUCGUAACAUGUUUUUUGUUGACCACGCUCAGAGUGAGGAUUUCUUGGAGGAGGGAAGGAGCAGAUCAAAUGAACACGAAGCCAAAUUCAUUGCUGCCCUUUGUCGCUAUUUUAUUCUUCAAGGCUACCAAAGAGAGCAGAUCACAGUCCUUACAGCCUACACUGGACAGUUAAUACAGCUCAAAAAAGAAAUGCCCAAAGAUUUUUUCCGUGGAGUUCGAGUUUGCGCAGUGGAUAACUUCCAAGGAGAAGAAAACGACAUCAUUCUGCUCUCUCUCGUUCGAAGUAACGAAGAAGGUAAAAUCGGUUUCCUGCAGACAGAAAACAGAGUUUGUGUGGCGCUCUCUCGGGCAAAGAAAGGGUUUUUCUGCAUUGGUAACAUCAGUCUUUUGGAAACAAAGAGUUUAUUAUGGAACAGGAUAGUUAACGACAUGCGUCAGCGCGACAGUGUGGGAGAUGCAUUGCUACUCACGUGCCAGAACCACCCCCAAAACGUGAUACAUGCAUCCUGCGCCGAGGACUUCAAGAAGGCACCAGAGGGAGGCUGCACUGUUCCAUGCUCGGCAAGACUCGAAUGUGGUCACGUGUGCGAGAUGGUGUGUCAUCCAACAGACCCAGAGCACAAGGAGUACCAGUGUAAAAAGCCAUGCGCCAAGACUCUCUGUCGUCGGAAUCACAAGUGUCGCAGGAGAUGCUUUCAAGAGUGUGGGCCGUGCAUGGAACCUGUCUCCAAACUUCUCCCCUGUGGUCACGCCCAGAAAAUACCUUGCUCCAAAGAUCCUUCUGAAGCACUGUGCCAGUCACCUUGUUCAAAGAUUCUACCCCGCUGUGGCCAUAAGUGCGCGAAUAAGUGCUCUGAAAAUUGUACCGUGAAGUGUGCCGCUAUCACAAAGAAAAUCUGGGCGUGUGGACACGAAAAUCUCACUGAAUGCCAUGUAAAUCCAUUGUACAGUCCAUGUAAGGCACCUUGUGGUGUGAUCCUAAACUGCGAACACCCCUGUCGCGGUAGCUGCAGUGAUUGUUUACGCGGUCGAGUUCACCGGCCUUGUAAGGCAGAGUGUGGACGCACACAGUUUUGUGGACAUAGCUGCUCUGAACCCUGCACCAGGAACUGUCCGCCAUGCGAGAAACAGUGCGCUAACAGCUGUAAACACAGCAAGUGUACAAAGAAAUGUGGUGAACCUUGCGAUAGAUGUACUGAGAAGUGUGACUGGGGGUGCAGGCAUUACAAGUGCACAAAAUCAUGUGGCGAACUUUGUGAUCGCCCUCGUUGCAACAAACCAUGUAGAAGGCUCCUUCCAUGCAGACAUCCCUGUAUUGGUCUCUGUGGAGAACCAUGUCCAAAAAAGUGCCGAGAGUGUCACAAAGCCGAAGUCACAGAGAUCUUUUUCGGCGAUGAAGACGAGCCAGACGCACGAUUCGUGGAACUGGCAGAGUGUGGUCACAUCUUUGAAGUGAAAAAUAUGGAUCGGUGGAUGGACCAAACCGAUGUAGGGCAGGAUGGAAAGCCCGCUAAUGUCCAACUCAAACGCUGUCCGAGGUGCCAGAUCCCAAUUCGUACCAGUUUGCGAUAUGGGAACAUCGUUAAGACAAUUCUUGCCGACUUUGAAAAAAUAAAAGAGAAAAUUUUACUCAAUGAACGGCAGCGCGAACUGGCAGUUGAAACGCUGAAAACCAAGGUGGAGAAAAUCAGCGGCUUCCCUGACGACCAAAAGAAAAUUUCGAAGUCCCUGGGUUGUAAGAGUCUGACAGAUGAACAAGUCAAUGUGUAUGAGAAUCAAAUAAGCUUUUUGAAUUUCCUUCAGGGGCUCAAGGCUAAAAUAGAAAAGGAAAUAGAGGCCGAAACCGAAAGCCAGAAAGGCAGUAAAGCACUGAUUCUGAUUCAAGAAACCAGGGUUGACCUGGAAAGUAAGAUAGACCAACUCAGGAUACGUGUCAUGGGCACUCGACCCCGAGUUCGGUUCAGCGAUCAGGAACUGGAGGAACUCAAUGAAGAAAUGCUGAGAACUGAGCUUCUUGCUGACUACAAAGUGAUGAAAAUGCAACUGGAUGGACGGGGAAUCAGUUUGAGAGUUACUGACAGAGUUAAGGUUGACUUCAUAGAACAAGCACUGAAAUCAGAGACGGUAAUCGACAAAGAUAAAAGAGAACGAUAUCUUAAUCGUAUGAAAAGGAUCAGACGUGAACAAAACCUUAAAGUUUUCUACCAAGCCGUGACAAGACAAGAGAAAGAUCUGAUUGUUAAAGCCAUGGGGCUAACGCAGGGACACUGGUUUAAGUGUCCAAAGGGUCACAUCUACUGCAUUACAGAGUGUGGAGGGGCAAUGGAAGAAGGCAAAUGUCCAGAAUGUGGCUCGAGAAUCGGUGGUCGAAAUCAUCUGCUACGAUCUGACAAUCAGUUAGCUAGUGACAUGGAUGGAGCACGUUAUGCCGCCUUCUCAGACAUGGCUAACAUCCUUAACUUUGAUCCUCGCGAGUAUAGGUAGACUACGGGCCAAUUGAGUGAGACCACGUUUGAAAUAGAUGGUAAUCAAAAUGAUCGGAGAGGUUUCUCGAAGUUUUAGUUUCCAUUAGUCGUAAAGCUAGGAAUUUGCCUUGGUCAAAAAGUAACCAUAUCAAUUAAAAUUAACGUUUCAGUCUGUGCCUGAAGACUGGGAACGGUGAAAUAUUUGACUGGAGUAAAAUACUUCACAAGGUCGGCGAUCUAAGGUAGUUAAUUCCACGAGACCUUUAUAAUCUAGAUUUCGAAAGCAAUAGUCCUUUUUCCGUCUGGUGUUUUUUUUCUCAUAACCUCUAUUCAGUGUCGAAGUGAGUUAAAAGUGUGAAAAGCAUUUCCAUGAUUUUUUAACCUUUUUGUCGAUCAAGGGAAAAAAUUUACCAUUCCAAUUCCAUGAAAUGCUGAAGUAGGUGAAAAACGAGGCAUUCACCUUUCCUAAAUAUCUGGUUUGUUAUGUAAAUUUCCUUUAAAGGCAAUAUUGACUUAGUGCUGAUCAUGAUUUUUAGAUUGUUUUGAAAGAAUGUCAGCUAGGUUAAUGUAGUUUACUUAUUGACUGAGUGGAAUGGAUGAAUGGGAAAAUAUUUCAGGGUCUCAAGAACACGACGAGCGCACCAAGCAGCGAUAUGGGUACGUAUGGGAUGACUAGAGAGCCAAAUAUUUUCCCGCCCGGCCUGACCUAACCAAGUCAAUAAGAAUUUUAUCAUAUGAGUAUUGCUCCCCCUUAUUUUCCUCUCUCCUUUCAGCUCGCAGUUCGCCCCCUGCUCGCGAGGCCGUAAGGCUCUUUCUGGCCCUGCUCGCGCUAUUGUGCACGGCUCUUAAAGCGGGAUUUUUACAUUUGUCAGCUGUUUUUCUAUUAAAAGCGUGCGCGGAGUCGUAAGGUCAAAAAA